ACUAGCAGGGUCCAGUUGCAGUUUCAACUCUAAAAUUAGGGAGGCACCCUGUCUGCAAAUGACGCAAAGAGCCCGAACUGGAGCUUGUCGUCGUCUCUGCGUGUUGCUGAUAAGGUGACUGGGGGCCAUGGAGACGUUCCCAACAGCUCCCCGCUGUUGUUACCGAUGACACGGGUCUUAAUAUAUUUUUAGCCGCUGUUGUCAUGUUUUCGUAACGGCACGGCCGCUUCGCCUGCUAUAAAGGACUGCGUUUCAAACAUGCAGCUGUACAACAGCGUUCUCACACACUACCCGAGGGCGUCCACGUCCAGGAAAGUUACUGUCAAUCUGUCUCCGGCGUCCGAACACUCCAACGCGGCGACGCAAAGUUCCUCUGAGGUCGACGGACAACUUCGACUGCGCACAACUUCAGCGACUAACGGCGGUGAGACAAACAUGCCAGCCUUUUCCUGCUACGAAGCCUCACCGGUGAGGCCAGUUCACUUCACAUCGACGGCUGAGAUAAUAAUCCGGAGACCUGAUGGAGUGGAAAGGUCUGUACCUGUUCACAUCAUCAAGGAGCCCAAGAACAAGUCGCAAAGAGGUGAAAAUGAGCUCUGCAAUGACUGUGAUUCAGAUAUAAUGGGGGAGAUGAUUAAUCAUCUGGGACACGGAACUGAUGAGAUGUUUCCUGGGAAUCAUGUUUUUAGGAGGAGCAGUAUCAGUGGGAUGAGGAAUUCAUACGAGGAUGAAACCUCUUCCCAAACAUCUUCUUCUAGAAGGAAUGGAUUUGCCUCAUUGGAUAUGGAAGAACUUUCUCCCAUGGGGUCGUCACGUAAAGAGGAGAAGGCCUUUGAGCUCAGUGUCCUCCAGGAGUCUCCACCGCAGAGAUGCCAAAAAACAGGGGACAUCAACGAUAAGGUCACCAGGUAUCUGGCUGAGGUGGAGAGGCAGAACAAGUACCUCCAGGAGAGACACAAGUACAGGUACCACAUCAUUCCAGAUGGCAACUGCCUGUACAGAGCUGUGUGCAAGGCCACAUAUGGAGACCAAGCAAGGCAUGGGGAGCUGCGGGAGCAGACCGUGCACCACAUCGCCGACCACCUGGACGAGUUCAUACCCAUCAUUGAGGGGGACAUUGGAGAGUUCUUGAUCAGCGCGGCGCAGGAUGGUGCCUGGGCUGGGUAUCCAGAGCUCCUAGCCAUGAGUCAAAUGCUGAAUGUCAACAUCCACCUUACGACUGGUGGCAGCCUGGAGAGUUUCACUGUUUCCACCAUGGUGCACUAUCUUGGGGAGGAGGACGCCUCCAAACCGGCAAUCUGGCUUAGCUGGCUCAGCAAUGGUCACUACGAUGUCGUAUUGGACAAGCGUCUCCCCAACCCAGAGUAUGAGGACUGGUGUCGACAAUCGCAGAUGCAGAGGAAGCGGGACGAGGACCUGGCAAAAUCUAUGGCAGCCUCGCUGUCUAAGAUGUACCUAGAGCAAAAUGGUUAUGUUUGAAAUAAAGUUUGUAUGACGGAGCACAUAUUUUCUUACAAAAUGACAGACAGAGACUCUUCUGAUGACUUUUUUCCUGCUUUAAAUUAUUUUUAUAAGAUUUCUAAGUGUGAAACAAAGUGCAAUGCACAGACUUGAGUUUUUCUAUAAACCAGAACUUCCAGAUUGGAAUUUGAAGGAUGUAUGUUUGUUCUUUGGAUGAUUUUAGUUAUGUUGACAUCAGUGAUGCUUUGAGUUUGAGUAUUUUUGCAGUGUACAGCAUUUAUUUGCCUUUUCUUGGCUGACCAUUUAUACUUUUAACAUCAUUUGUGCAACAAUUGACACAUUUUAAACAGGGCUCCAAUGUAGUCUGGAAUUUGUACAAAAAGCACUUAGGAAACUGUUAGAUUUCUGACUUUUCCUUUUCUAUUUUCUGAGGAUAAACAUCUAAAAAUGGCAAAAAAAAUUAAGUGUUUUUAUGUCUAAAUAACAUGCUUUAUCUUUGAUUUGCUUAAUCACAACUACAUUUUAAUGUUACCCAUUAUUAUGUUUGGCUUUUGACUCACUGACUGAAUGUACCUCAACCCCCCACAAAGAACCAUUUCACUACUUUUUAGGUUUCAGGCAACUGUAAAGUGAGGUUAAACCAAAGAUGUGGUUGGUGAUUCAGGCCUGGGUAAAAUGUAAAACAAAGCACCAUAUUUGCUGAUCUUUGUUAUUUUGACCAACCCUAAUAAACUUGAAAAAAGUUCUUGAUCUAAUAUAAAGAGCCCACAUGUUAUGUGAGAUCCUUCAAUCUUUAUUUGAGAAAUCAAUUAUAGAUUUUAAGAUGGAGAUGAUCUCAGUUAGUCCAGACACAAAAAAGUAGUGAAACCUUGCAUUCCAAAAAAUUAAAGCCAGUUUAAUUUUCAUGACUUGCAAAACUUACAGAUAAUAGAACAACUGACAACUAUUUAACCCAUUUCAACAUUAGUUUUUUAAUAUUCAAAUGUCCAAAGUGUUACUAAAGACUGCUGGAAAAAAUGUCCAUUUGAACUGGGAAAUGUAUGGAAUUUUGUUUUGAAAUGUUUAAGAACCCAGUUUGAAAUGCAGUGAGUUUUAGAUUGCAUUUCCUUAUGUAUAUAUGUAUUUUUUUAUUUGUCUUUUUUUAAAUCUCUUUUCUCUCUUUUGCACAAAAGUUCUAACUAGGUAUAGAUUGGUUAUUGGAUUUUCACCACGCUUUAUCCACAGUAGUACAGCAUUAACAAAAAAGUACAACCUGUUCUAAUUGGUUUUCUUUAGCUCAGUAAAACUUUCCUACUGCUGCUGAGGUAAUAUAUUACUACAGGUAUAACUGUUUAUCUUUUUUUUAUCUUAAUGCAUUGGCAUAUACAAAGAUAUAAAUUGUACCAACUCAGUUUUGCGGUAGUUUUAAAGCAAACAUGUAGUACCUUAGUAAGAGUGAUGGGUUUAUUUUAAUUUUUUUUUGUUUUAAAUCAUGUUUCUUUCUCUUUUUCUAAGCAAGUAAAAGGUGCAGUUUCUUUUUUUCAGACAGCUGACUAGCAGCAGCACAUGGGGGAGGGGUAGCGGUAGAGAGUCUAUGUUCCACACAACUGGAGAAAAUUCCAGUCACUCUGGCACUUUAUCUGGCUUGUCAUUAAAACAACCAUAAACUGUAGGCACAUAAUAUAGUACAAUUUAGAAUUUGUGAAACCAGAAUUGCUUCAUGCCAUUAUUCAGUCCAUGCCAAGUCCCACCACAAUUAAGUUUUGGUGUCUUGAUGAUCUUGAGUUUUUUCUAUAAAUUUCACGGAUUUGUUUUUAUUUUUUGGGAUUGUUUCUGAAUAAAAUGUAAAAAUGAGA